CGAACAAACCAAGAAAGAAGACGUCGCUAACUUUUAAACGCCGUCAUCAACAGUCGCGUUUCGAGCUUCGUUUUCGUUGAAUUUCCAUCGUAAAAUCCGCGGCAUGUGGUGAGUGGCGUGUGAGAAUAGAAGAAUAGUCGUAAACGUAGACCGUAACGUGUAGGCCUCCCGAAGAAAGUUUGGUCGAGGGCCUGUAAACAACAUGUCCUCCGCCUCGCAGUCUUCCUCCAGACGGCAAUGGUGCUACCUCUGCGAUCUGCCUAAGAUGCCCUGGGCCAUGCUGUGGGAGUUCAGCGAGGCUGUGUGCCGGGGAUGUGUCAACUACGACGGCGCAGACAGAAUAGAGCUCCUCAUUGAAACUGCCAGACAACUGAAGAGCACGCACGGGGUUUUAGACGGUAGGUCCCCUGGUCCACAGCAGAGUAAACCCAGCUCCACCGGGCCCGCAGAGGCAGGGCGGCAGCAUGGAGAGCGUACAGACCGCGGGAGGGGGGAGUAUGGGGUGGCUGCUCGCCUCCCCAAUGGCCUGCACAGAGCUGAAGAUGUUGCCCUGUCAGAGGGCAGCAGACAGAGCCCAAACACUCGUCGGGUAAUGGCUGGGGCAGUUCCCAGCCUUCAUGGGGCCAUAUCCCAUGCUUUGAUAGCUCAGGGGUUGGUAGCGGCCCCUCAUGGGCUUUUAGCUCCAUUAUCAGGCUCCAGAUCUGGGGUCACACCUAUUGCAGUCUCAGCUGGCACCAUAAUGAGUGAUGCAGGUAGAAGACAGGCUGUGUUGGGUGUGGGGGCUAGCACAUCUGCCUUGGUGGGCAUAGAUCCUGUAUUGUGGAGGAACAAUGAAGUGAUGGCCGAACUGAACGAGGUGGCUCGUUGCAAGGUGGAAGGCUGGCCGAACCGUCCCAAAGCAGUCCGGGAUGUGCUGGUGGCUCUCAGCAGCUGCGUCCCCUUUAACGUGCGCUUCAGGAAAGACCAUAAUCUGAUGGGACGCGUUCUGGCCUUUGACGCCAGCACAACUCCCGAGUUUGAGCUCAAGGUGUUUGUGGAGUAUCCCGCCGGCUCUGGAAUGAUCUUCUCAGGAGUCCCAGACCUGGUCAGGCAGAUGUUCCGUGACUCAGCCAAAGACGCUGGCAAAGCAGUGAACUCUGGUCUACGCUAUGUGGAAUAUGAGAAGCGGCAAGGCACGGGAGACUGGCGUGGGUUGUCCGAGCUCUUGAAUGAUGGCGUGCGCAUGUUUAAAGAGCCUCCCAUCCCUGAGGUUCUGCCACAGCCAGAUACAGGGUUGCCCAUGGCAGCAGCCGGGCGCCCCGUGCCGGCCAAGAGCACGACUCGGCGCCGCAAGGCUUCUCCGGGCUCUGAGAAUGGAGAGAGUGACGGAAGGCCCGAUCACCCAUCGAGAGAGCCCUGGCCCCGGGGUGCUUAUCCAGGCAUGGAGCCUCAUUCUGGCAUGGGCACCCCUCAAGAGGGCCCACCCCGUUUACACAGCCAGCCCUCGCCCAUCUCAGCGCUCAUGGGAGUCGCAGACAGCCUGAGCUCCAGCCAGAUGGCCAGAGACAGCCCCAGCAUGUCCACAGCCCACUCCUCCACAGCCGGGCGUCCCACCAGCAGCAGCCCCUCCACUGCCUCCACCUCAGUCUCCCAGGCGUCCAUGGGGCCAGGCCUCAGCGCGGGGGGGCCCAGCAGCAACACUAGCGCCGGGGAGUCGACGAGCAGCGGCCAGGGCACCCUGCUCUGCUGCACCCUGUGCCGAGAGCGCCUGGAGGACACGCAUUUUGUCCAGUGUCCCUCCGUCCCUCACCACAAGUUCUGCUUCCCCUGCACCCGAGGGUUCAUCCGCAGCCAAGGUCAAGGAGGGGAGGUGUACUGCCCCAGUGGAGAGCGCUGUCCCCUGGCUGGAUCCACCGUGCCUUGGGCCUUCAUGCAGGGGGAGAUCUCCACCAUCCUGGCCGGAGACGGAGACGUGACAGUAAAGAAGGAGAACGACCCUUGACGUCUCCAUCCUGUGGUGAAUGGUAAGACGUGGAUCAAACACUUUUGAAAGCACUUCCCUAUUAUCUCAAGCAGAGGUCCACUUAGGCUGCAGUUCAUCAUGUGUGCCUCUGAGAGCAGAAUAACUCUGAACCCCCCCCCCCCGGAUGAACGGCGACACAAACAGUUACCUAAAGACACAACAACCCAGACUCACUUUUAUAGAGGAGGGUGGGGGGCAAAUGUCCGUUUGUCAGGGCUCAGCUCACCUGUGAAGAGGCGGGCCGCGCCGCAUCACGAGUGAAUGUCGAGUCCCCGACCAAAUCUCUCUCUCCCUCUCUUUUUCUGUCUCUCUCUCUCCCCCUCCUCUCUUUGUCCAGCGCAGCAGAGGCCUAUCACCAGGCCUCGUUUUUUUUUUUUUUUUUUAAAGCCCAGGAUUUGAAAGCACACGUUUGUUUUAAAAAGAACGACAAUCUAUUUUGUCUUUCAUUUGUCUUUUUUUUGUUUUGUUUGUUAUAUAUGUCGGAUACUGGCUUCUACAGAUGGAUCACACUGAUAUUGGGCAGAUGGUUUGACAGAAUCAUGCAAUUUCUUUCAAGGAACAAAUGAAUGUUCAAAAAAAUGUGGCAAAACCAUUGGGUCUUUUUUUU